CGUGUUGUUGUCAGUGGAGACGUCUGAACACUGCGCGGUUUCACUUUCACUUCACAUACAGGACACAACGAAGACAGUUAAGCGUCACUUUUGUAAAGCAGCCUGGUGAACCAAACAUUUCUGUAUAGACAUCGUCAACAACAGUUUAUUAUGGACACAAAUGGGACGGUUAUUGAAGUCAACAGACUUCCAGACAACUACCCCCAGGAUAGUAUGAUUGAUAAACUUACCAUGCACUUUCUGAGGCGCAGUAACAAAGGAGGAGAUGUCUUAACAGUGAUUUAUCCCACCUCCAUCAAAGGCCAGGCGUAUGUAGUCAUGUCUGAAGUCUUAUAUGAAGUCUUCGAGCAUACUCAUGUUUUGGAAGUGGAUGGUCUGUUUUACCCCCUGGAUAUUAAAAGGGGAUAUCAUCCUCAGCUGGAUAUGCCAGUCGAAGCAUCGCUCGAUCUAAAUAUGUUUUCCAACCACCGAGAAAUCAAAAUUCUUCUUCAGGAACAUGGCUUCAUAAUGUCAGAGACCAGCUCAGGUCAGCUGCAUUUGCAGGGUUCCUUUCUUAAACUAAAAGCCGUCCGACGCAAACUCAUGCAAAUUCUUGCUCAAGAAACCCAAAGAAGAACAUCAUCACCUUACACUAACGGUUACCCCAAUGGCUUGGUCUCCAAAUACGACCUCGAAUCCAAACGUAACUCCACACCAACCCACGAUCACAUGAAUGGCAAAUCAGUGUAUGCUGGGGCAUGGAGCCCAUCUACAGGAGCAACCUCAAGAACCCCAGAGCUUGCAAAAAAUCUCCCAUUUUCAAGGACUGGCUCUUCACUGGAUGGAGGCUAUAGCACACAAGAUUCCCUUAGCAGUUUUACCCAGACCUAUGAGUAUUCAAAAGCAAUCCCUAAGCAGUCUUACCUCCCAAGGCAUACCGAGAGAUCCUUUCCUGUUGAUCCAGAUGUUUUUAGAUACAUAAUGUGUUUUAGGAAAAAUGUGAUUGAAAAAAUCGAAUCGGAUCACAACACACGAAUAAAGCAUGAAAAUAAUUCUGAAGUUUUUACAGUAAAACUCUCAGGAGGAACCUGUGAGGAAGCAGCUCAAGAACUCUCUCGCUUCAUGCAGGAGAUCAGCGAAUCUCUACGCACACAGGAAAUAGACCUGAAGAAACUUAAUGCAAGUCAGCAGAAAAAAAUUUCCCAGAACGUUGAAGAAUUCCAAAAGCACUGGAACGUUUUGAUUACGCAGGAAGGUGACAUCCUUAAAGUUGUGGGGUCAUCGACUGACAGCUAUGAUGCAAAGCAAAAUAUUCUUGGGCGUGAAAGUGAGCUCCCUGUGACCAGCCACUUGCAGAAGAAUUCAUCAGUGCGACGCAGCCACUCUUUGCCGAGACAAACACGGUUCAGAACAGAGGACCAAGAGCCAAGACGAAGUCCUGACGUUGUUGUUAAAGCUGCUGCUGUUAGUAGCUACUCUGCCUCACGUAACCAAACUGACUCUACAUCUCAGCAAGCCUUAUCGCAGGAUAGAGGCCGUCAGCGCUCUAAAUCCAGUGUUCAGCGGAGCAGGGGGCAGUGCGCCUCUGAGUCCCGACAUAAAACUCAUAAGACAGAAGACAAACCACCGCUACCAUUAGAUCAACAGGAUCUGUUGCCUUCUAGUGCACCUCCAAAAAAACCUCCUAAAAUCUUGUCUGUCCUUUCCCCUCGCAAUAUAGCAGCAAAAUUUCACAAACAAGUUUCUAAUGUCUGAGGUGACUGAAUCUUGUAAAUCAAUAAUUGUUUAAAUGAAAUGUUUUUAUUUGUCAGACACAUAAUACUUGUAAUCUAAAAGGCUGCAAUGAUUUUAUUGGUUUAUUACAUUUACUACAAUGUAAAUUCAUGGGAAUUUGUUCAUAUUUUGCAAGUUAGCAAAUUGCGUACUGUACAAAAAACAUGCAAUUAUUGGAAAACAAUAAUGAUACCCUACUCCUAACUCUUUUCCUGAACCCAAAGUCAUGGGGCGAAAGCAAAUUGUACAAAUAUGAAGUGACAUGAGACUCGACAGUUUGAUCAGGACCCGAUGUGAAGCAGAGGGUCUUGUACUGUAUCACAAUUCAAGGGCUUAUUUCGUGAUAACAACCUGCUGCCUGUACAUCAACCCGCUUAUUACACUGUUAUUUACCUAAGAUAAGAAACAUUAAAUAUUGUUUUGAAAUAUUUUAUUUGCUCAUUUUUAAUGAAUGCAGACCUUCCACAAGAAAAAAACAGUUUACUUUCGGUUGUAAAACAAUACAGGAUGUUAUUAAUACACUUUAUGGUUUAAUUAUUUAAAUAUAAUGUUAUGUAUGUUAUUAAAAUACUUUUGGUAACACUUUACUUGAAAGGGGACAGAGAAUGAAAAACCAUUUUUACCUUGUCUUUGUUGAAUAAUGGUAGUCUACCUGCAUUCACAAACAUACAAAAAGUGCUAAACAUGCUUAACAUCUCAGUCUCAUAGAAAUUCCUCUUUUAGAAAUGUCAGCCAGAAAACGGCCCAAUCAGAAAAACUGAUGCUUAUGACAUCACAGGCAUCUCACUGCCCCUCCACUUUAAAAUAAUUGGCUACAUUUUUUGAGUGGCAGCAAAGUCAGCCAAUCAGUAAUGAGAUUGCAAGUUAAGCCGGUGGGGGAGCCAAAUAGGUGCAAAACCACUUGUUUAAAAUCCCCCACCCUAAUAGAGCUAUCUGAGAGAGGUUUUUAGGAAGCUUCUAAGGCAUUACAGACCCAAACAAACAUUUUUUUGUCUACAUGUCACAUCACAGAACAAGUAUAAAUACUCAGUUCAAUCAUUCUAUGUCACCUUUGAAGGGGUGUUUAUAAGACUGACAUGACACAUUCAUAAUCAUGACAUGACCUGUGCCAUGAACAUGAAGGAGAUUUAUGCACGUUUAUGACAACUGUCAUUAAGUGUCAUUUGUUUAAAAUUAUGUAAUUUUUAAUGCAAAGAUGACAUUGUUUGAGAUGUCUUUGUUAUGACAAAACUUGGCAUUAACCAAUACAUUAUAACUUGUCAUGACAACUUGACAUUACCAAGACAACAUAACUGACCACUUUUUACCAGUGAUAGAAAUUAAAUUUGUCAUUAAAAUGUCAUUACGUGUUAAUACUCUGUCAUAUAGUUUAAUAACAGCAUCAUGAAUAUUUUUCUUGACCUCAACUAUAGUGAUACAAAUAUAAUUUGUCAUUAAGUUUUAAUACUCUGUCAAAUAGUUUUAUAACAACGUCAUGAAUAUUCUUCAGUUCAUAAUGUUUAUUUUUUGUUUCCUUCAUGUGUUUAACAAAUAAAAUCAAUCAUUCAAAAAUAAAAUCAAUCAUUCAAUAAUAAUAAUAAUAAUAAUAAUUGAUUUUUAUUAUUAAUAAAAUAAAAAUUUGCAGUCUGAUUCACCUAAAAUUAAAUGAAAACAGUACAAUAAUGGAAUAAGCCAUGCAGCAUUGGGUCCAUAUUGCUGGAAAGAUAAUUACAUUAAAUUAAAUUGAUUAAAUGUUUUGUUCGUUUUUUCUUCUAUGUCAGAAAAUAUCAGAACACUCUGUGUGAGGAAGAACAAGUUCUG